CACGCAUUCAACUGACUCAAGAUGCUGAUGGAGGAGGAGUCACCUCGGUCGGGUCCGCCGGCCGCCUCGGAGACCGAGAGCGAGCUGAGCCUCUCCGACUGCGGCUCCCCCUGUCACUCGCCCGUGCCCAGCCUGGAACCGCCACCGCUCGUGCAGGCCGCGUACGCAGCGCCGCCGUCCGGCGUGCGGCGAGUCAUCCGAAAACUGUUUACCAACUCGCGCGAGAGAUGGCGCCAGCAGAACGUCAGUGGCGCUUUUGAGGAGUUGCGCCGCCUAGUGCCCGCCCACCCGCCGGACAAGAAGCUCUCGAAGAACGAGAUCCUGCGUCUCUCCAUCCGCUACAUCCGGCUUCUGAGCUCGGUGCUGGAGUGGCAGGACCGGCAGCUGGAGCUGCAGGACGAGCCGCCACUGGUCAAGCAGGAGGUCACCGAGCAAGACGCGGCGCUAGACUGUCAACGGUCGUGCUGAGAAACUGUCGCUGCUUGACAAACGACGGGGGAGGAUAAGUGUGCAAUGAUCCGUCACUGGCCAGGCUGACGGCAUCUUAAUAAGACCUGGGGUCAUCGAGAACAAAACGUAUAGAUCCGAGCUGGGGGCAAGUCACGUCUCAGUGGAAAUCGAUCCUGUGAAAACACGAAGUCCCUUUCAUGAGCAUCCCACGCCCCGUCAUCUCGCGGCCAUUACCACCGAUCUAGGAGCUGCGAGUCAUGGACGGUCCAGAUCAGAGGUGGUGAUAGCCAGUCUGGCGGCGGACACUACUGCGGAAAGAGGGCUGGAUGUGCGCGUUCGAUAGAGAGGGAGCGACAGGUCGUCAGCGUGGAAGAACAGCGAUAAACGGCGAAAUAACAGUGGUGAAGGUGGAAUAGCAGUGGAAUUCUUAAACCGGUACCAAACCCACACAUCACACUGCACUGUCUCCGGGGAGGACACGAUAGGCACGCCGGCUGCCGGCGGUCAUAAAAAUUGUGACGUUACCGUGUUAGGCAAGCUGGACAGACAGCUGCGAGCGUCCAAGGGCAGACUGGUCACAACGCGCGGUAGACAGCGGAAACAGGAUCAGCAGGAUCGAUGGUGGCCGCGUGCACGCGCGGCAGGUGGGCGGCCGGCGGGCGGCAGGGCGACACGGUGGCUGGCUCGCACCCUCCCCCCUGACGACACGUGCCAGCCGUCGAUACGUGCAGCGCCCGGGGGAGGGGCCGCAGUCGAUACGCCAGCUGGGCGGCCGUGCCGCCGCCGUGCUGCUGUGUGAUCAGGCGAAGUAAUGGCUGCAUGUCUGCAUGACGUGGAACAGGAUGUCCGCACCGGUGUGGAGAGGCGGAUGAGGUAGCUGCGAUGGCCGUGAAGGGGGAUGUCCAUACCGGUACGGAGAGGGGAGUGAGUUAGCUGCGAUGUCUCUGGGGCAGGAUGUCUGCACCGGUGCGGAGAGGAGAGUGAGUUAGCUGCGGUGUCCGUGGAGCAGGAUAUCCACACCGGUGCGGAGAGGAGAGUGAGUUAGCUGCAAUUUUCGUGUGUGCUUGUGGAACUGUUUCAAAUGUCCGGUGACAUUUACUUCUGAAA